AUGGCCUCGAACCAGCUCUCGAAGCGCAAGUCCGCGUUUCCGGGACCACAGCCUGGCGCAGCAGCGUCCCGCAAACGCGCCAAAACAUUCGAUGCUCGGUCCCUCGCCGUUCAGUCGGCCGACGCCGCGCUCUCUGCGUCCGGAGAGCUGAAUGUCGCCGCGUAUGUCGAGGCUCGAGAGUUUGAGAUCCGUGCUCUCGAGUCGGGGAUGCAACGGUCGAAGAGUGCUCUGACGAGCCGUGCGUUUCAGAAAGUGCCCCGCGCGUUGAGAAGGCGGACGGCCAGCCACAAUGUGAAGAGGGUUCCGCGGAGGCUGAGGGCGAGGGCCAAGAGAGAGAUGAUCGAGGAUAAUACCCCCACCGUGACCGCUCGACGACGAAGACCGACCGAAAUCCUGCGCAUUCGCCUUGAAACCGCUAGGCGGCUCCAGAAUCUCAAUUCAAAGACCAAAGCCAAGCGUGCGGCCGCGAAAGCGAAGCGGGAUAAAGAGACGCAAAAGACUCUGGAAGAGUCAGGCAGCCAUGCCUAUAACAUCGCCCCGCGAGUGCCGAAGAUCAAGAAAAACAAGCUCUCACGACCGCCGCCGCCCGAAUCAAAGUACAAGAAACGGCAGCGCUGCAAGACAUGGCUUCCGACGCAUAUGUUCCAUGCGAAACGCGCCCAUAUGACCACUUCAAAGGACCCGUUGUGGCGGUUCGCGGUGCCUCUGUCGCCGACCGAGAAGAGCUACAGGCCUUCUCACAGGGCUAAGGGGGCCAGGGGUGCGGUAGCUUGGGAUAUGAGCUACAUAUCUACGAUUCAGCUAGAGGGCACUGAGCAGGCCAUGGAGGCGGUGCUGAGGGGAAUUGGGAUUGAUGGACAGGAUGCUUGGGGUCCGAAGGGUAGAAAGUGGAGGGCUGGGACAAGAGGCUUACAUGCUUGGGCAUUUGAGCGUGAAGGUACGCGUAGACCGAUCGCACCGAUAACGUUGAUCCGAUGUGCGCAUGGAAAAGCGGAAGAUGUGGAAAUGGUUGAUGCUGGUCGGCCGAAGAGAAAGAGCCAGAAGGACAGAAAGAAGCUCUUCAUCAGAGUCCACCCAUCUGCUUUCCUACAAUUGUGGAACGAGCUUCUUGAGAUAUCGAAGAGGCAAAAUCCGCCAGUGAUGGUGGAAGAUUUGCGCUUCGAGAUCGGAAGUGUCGAGAUUACCGGUCCGGGUUCUACAGAAGCUCUACUCUCAGCGCUCAAGCCCUUGAUGCCGGAUGGUGCUGAACCGUCAGCAAGCAGUCCAGAGGCCACCUGGACUUCGUUGCUUGGGGUCUCGAACCCUUCGUCAUUGCCACAAAAUGCUCUUCUCGGCUUUUCCGUCUCGGACCCCCGUCUUCACUUUCCACCGAGGACCCUCAAACCGCCAGCGUCGGAUCCCGAAAUGCAGAAUCUGGCCACCUUACUAUCGACAUGGUCACCCGACACCACCCAAACGUCACCUGCCCUGUUCGACCGCCGUGCACGACUAGCCGCUACUCGUCAACUUCCUAGCCAGAAAGCUAUUAAUCGUCGACGGACCUUAGCCGGACCAGGAGUUUACCCUCCUGCUGAAGCUUCUGAUCCCAAGAUUCCGGUGAUGAUCAUCGCGUCAAGAUCAACCAGCCAAACAAAGAACAACAAUGCGCCAGGGACAUGGACCGUUCUAUUGCCAUGGAAAUGCGUCGUUCCGCUCUGGUAUUCGCUCAUGUAUUACCCACUCUCAAGCGGCGGAAACGUCAGAUUUGGCGGUCUCAAAGAACAACGGCAACUCGCGUUUGAAGCCGGAGAACCCUGGUUCCCCGGCGACCUUCCUGGAACACGUGCUGGCUGGGAAUGGAACGUCCGCGAACGGGAGAAGGCCAAGCAGGAGUGGGAAAGACGACCAAAGGGCCGGAGAACCGAAUUUGAUAGCCUAGAUCUGGGGAAUGGGCAGAAAGGCGAGAUCGGUCAUGGCUGGGCGUGCGACUGGGAAAGACUGGUUCAGGGUCCGCCGAAGAAUUCAACGCCUGAUUCUAAUGAAGCGAAGGAGAAAGAACAGAGUCAAGACUCUGAGCAACAAGAUACGCAAAUGAGUGAUGCCGAACAGCAAGCCGUUGAUGGUGAUGCUCCCCCAUUCAACAUACACCACCUGCCCCUUGCCAGCGCAGAAGCUGCACUCAACAGCCCGUCAGAUACCACCGAUCAAGCGGCUCUUGCAACUGUCAAAAUAUCCCUGUUGCACCGCGGUACGCCCACCCCCGCGGCCCGCAUAUACCGCCUCCCCACCACCAACCCAGAGCUACGCCAAAAAUGGCUCCGCCUAGCAUCCGACGAGCGAAAGAACCGCAAAGCCGCUCAUUUUCAGGACCAUCUGCAGCAGUCUGCUGAGCCUCCAGCUGGCCAAGAAGAUGACCGCCAGAAGCUCGCGGUUUCGCUCAUCACCCCAACAGCAGAUACAGACUCCCGGCAGGAGCACUGCCCCGUCCCCACGGAAGAAGACCUGAUCGGCUUCGUCACAACAGGGAACUAUAACCUGUCCGAAGGAAAAGGAACGGGGAUUGGCUCGAUCCUGGUAUCGAAGGUUGCUGCGUCUGGCAAGGGCAAAGCGCGUGAGCGGAAAAUGUGCAUUGUCCGUAGUGCCGGCGAGCGAGUGGGCAGACUUGGUUUCUGGGAGCUUAUUUAG